AUGCGAGUUCCUCACUUUGCAAGUUCCGCCCUAGCGGCGGCCUUCCUUGUGACUUGCGCAAGUGCCAAGAAGGACACGAAAAUCGCGCCGAGGUCGGAGUCGUCUGCGGAUCCUCCGCGGUCCCGAGGAACGGCGUUGGAACAUCAGGUCGCCCAGAUCUUGGAGAUGCUGAAGAUCCUCAGUCCGGCGAUCGAGGAAGUGAACCAGAGGACGAAGGAUGUACAAGACAAACUGCUAUUACUGAAAGAAGCAGAGGAAGGAAAGACCUUCCAGCGACAGGGCCUCAAACGUGGGCUGCUGGCUGCCACUUUCUCUCUGACAGCUUUCGCCAGUGCAGUGGUGGCGCCCUCGUUGUGGGAUGGGGGUCUUUUGGCUUUUGUCUCUUUUGCCUUUGGCGCUGUAGCCGUCGCGUACUUGAACCGUUACUUCCGUGACCAGAGUGGGAAGGCUGCAACGAAACGCCGGGAGUCAAAGGAAGGGGGACGGCUCUAA